GACCCCGCGCACUGUCGUCCGUCUGCAAAUUUGAAGCACAGACCCCGCGUAAUGUCGUGCUAACCGUCGUCGAUAUUGUUGUUCUGCGUUUUCCUCCACCUCUCCCCUGAAAGUCGACUAAAAUUCUCCGCUUGCGGUGUCUUAUGCUUGGUCUGAGUUAUUGUUCUGAAUUCGUUAGGGUCCGUUCGUUUCCGCAGCUUAGGUUAGGGUUUCUUGGUAGGUUUUCCUUCCCAUUUUGAUCCCGCUUUUAUGGGAAGUAAGGCAUCAUACGAGCAAGUAAUCCUCGUCAGAUCCGUGGUUGGCGAGGAUCUCUCCGAAAUGGACAUAAUCCGCGCUCUUCAUAUGGGCAACAACGAUCCCUCUGCCGCAAUCAACAUUAUACUGGACACCCCACAUCUUCGGGAGAACGGGAGUGCUGUCAAGCAAUCUCCUGCUUUUGCCAAUAGGAAACCUGUUUUUCACAGCGAAGAGCCUGCGCAGAAGCCGAACUCAUGCGCUAACUUAUUUGUAGAACCUGUUACUAGAAAUACUUCCAUUGCACCGUCUGAAGCUCCUUCCAGCAAAUCUGUUCCAGGAAACGAUGAAUGGUGGCUUCUUGGAAGUUCGGAGCUCACUGGCCUUUCUACCAGCAAGGGAAGAAGGUUGAGGGCGGGUGAUCCAGUGACCUUUUCUUUCCCUUCAACUAAAAUAUCAAAUAUUUCUACAAAAUUUUCUGGUCGAGGACGUGCAGCAGCUUCUUGUUCGGAGAUUGUCCGAUUUUUCUCUGAAGAACACGGCGAGAUUGGUCGCAUACCGAACGAAUGGGCUCGUUGUCUUUCACCGCUCAUCAAGGAAAAAAAGAUUAAGAUCGCGGGUUUCUGUAAAUUUGCUCCGGAUGUCCUCUGCAUCAUGGAUACAAUCGUUUUGUCAGUCAGUGUUUAUAUCAAGAUUUCAAUGUUACGCAAGUGUCAUCAAACACCACUUAAGGUCGCCAAUUCUGGUACUGAUGAAUCUACGAUUCAUCCACUUCCAGCCUUGUUCAAAUUGCUGGGGCUAACUCCAUUUAAGAAGGCUGAGUUAAGUCCUGAUGAUUUAUAUGGUAAAAAACGGACCAUUGAAUUGAAGGGAAUUCCAACAGAGCUUUCAUCAACUGUACCAGCUGAAAAAUUUAGAAAGUUACUUUCGCAUGGAAGUAAAGCUGAAAAUAAUCAAGAGAACAUAUCAGAUUUUGAUGUAGAUAAUAUUGCUGGAAUUCGAGAUGGCUCAGAACUAGAGGAAAUGGAUCCACCUGAAACAUUGCUGUGUGAAUUGCGUUCUUAUCAAAAACAGGCCCUUCGUUGGAUGCUGCAGCUAGAGAAAGGAAGAUGUUUAGAGGAGGCUGCAAUAACCCUUCAUCCGUGUUGGGAUGCAUAUCACCUUCCUGAUAAGAAUGAUCACGUUAUUUACUUGAAUGCAUUUUCGGGUGAUGCUACUACAGAAUUUCCUAGCACUCAGCAAAUUGCUAGAGGAUACACAAAUAACAUUCUGGCAGAUGCAAUGGGAUUAGGCAAGACUAUAAUGACCUUAGCUCUUUUGCUUGCUCAUUCUGAGAAAGGAAAAUCACCUACUUGUUCUUCAAUUCAGAGCUCCAAUGAAGAUGGUAACGCUGGUGACGGUCUUGACAAGUUGUCUAGUGCUUCAAAAAAAGCAGCAAGCAUCUAUGGAUUUACCAAGUUGAAAUCAAAAUCCAUACUGGUUGGAGGUGGUAAUCUAAUUGUCUGUCCUAUGACACUGUUAGGCCAGUGGAAGGCCGAGAUUGAGGUACAUGCCCAACAAGGCUCACUUUCUCUUUAUGUUCAUUAUGGAGCAAGUAGACCAAAAGAAGCAAAGAUUCUUGCACAGAGUGAUGUUGUUCUUACUACCUAUGGUGUGCUGGCAUCAGAAUUUUCGGCCGAGAAUGCUGACGAAAAUGGUGGGCUUUACUCAGUUCAAUGGUUUAGAAUUGUGCUGGAUGAAGCACACAUUAUAAAAUCUUCAAAAAGCCAAGUUUCUAUUGCUGCUGCAGCUCUAAUUGCUGACAGAAGAUGGUGUCUUACAGGGACUCCCAUCCAGAACAACCUAGAAGACCUAUACAGCCUUCUUCGAUUCUUACACGUAGAGCCUUGGGGAAAUUGGGCUUUGUGGAAUAAGCUUAUUCAAAAGCCUUAUGAGGCAGGUGAUGAAUGUGGCUUAAAGCUGGUGCAAACCUUACUGAGGCCUAUAAUGCUAAGAAGAACUAAACUGAGCACAGAUAGAGAUGGCAGGCCAAUUAUUAUUCUUCCACCGGCAGAUAUUGGGGUAAUUUAUUGUGAGUUGGCAGAAUCUGAGAAGGACUUCUAUGAGGCAUUGUUUAGAAGAUCCAAAGUGAAAUUUGAUCAAUUUGUUGAGCAAGGACGAGUUCUUCACAAUUAUGCCUCAAUUUUAGAGUUGCUAUUACGUCUUCGCCAGUGUUGUGAUCAUCCGUUUCUUGUGAUGAGCCGCGGCGAUACGAAAGACUUUGCAGAUCUUAACAAGCUUGCAAGGCGUUUCCUUAAAGGAAGUAAGGGAGCUGUUGGAUCAGAUUCUAAUGUUGCCCCUUCAAAGGCAUAUAUAAUGGAGGUUAUGGAAGAGUUGCGGAAAGGUGAAGAAGGCGAGUGCCCAAUCUGCCUUGAAGCAUUCGAAGAUGCUGUGCUGACCCCAUGUGCUCAUCGCUUAUGUCGGGAGUGUCUCCUUGCUAGCUGGCGGAGUAAUACAUCGGGCCUGUGCCCUGUUUGUCGGACAACUGUUAACAAACAGGACCUCAUAACUGCUCCCACUGACUCUCGUUUUCAAAUUGACGUUGAGAAGAACUGGGUAGAGUCGUCAAAAGUUUCUGCCCUUCUCCACGAACUGGAGAAACUUAGAGGCACUGGUUCUAAAAGUAUUGUCUUUAGCCAAUGGACAGCUUUUUUGGAUCUCCUGCAGGUCCCACUAUCAAGAAACAACAUAACAUUUGCUCGCUUGGAUGGAACUUUAAAUCAACAACAAAGAGAAAAAGUGAUCAGUCAGUUUACAGAGGAGAAAAACAUUUUGGUAUUGUUAAUGUCGUUGAAGGCUGGCGGUGUUGGAAUAAAUCUUACUGCUGCAUGCAAUGCCUUUCUCUUGGAUCCCUGGUGGAAUCCAGCUGUUGAAGAGCAAGCCGUCAUGCGUAUUCAUCGGAUCGGUCAAACUAAACCUGUAUCAAUCAAAAGGUUCAUUGUGAAGGGAACUGUUGAGGAAAGAAUGGAAGCUGUGCAGGCAAGGAAGCAGAGGAUGAUAUCUGGAGCACUUACAGAUCAGGAAGUACGAACUGCGAGAAUAGAGGAACUGAAGAUGCUCUUCACCUGAACUUUUGUGCAAUUUUAAGAAGAAUAUGCCUGCUUCUAGAAAAUGGUUCAUGGAGGUAUUUGGCCACUAUGCUCUGCUUCCAUUUUAUUUCUGAGGGAAUGAAAGAUUAUCCCCAUUAUUAGAUUUCUCAGCACGCACUGAAGUUUCGAGCUUGAUCCAUAUGCAUGAGGUUGGGAUUAUCCCAGCUCGGAUUUUGGUUCAGGAUGGGGCUCUACUCACUAUAUCGGCAACAUGCAGUGAGUUUAUUGCAUUGUUCCGUAUCUUUUGAAUGAAUAUUAGUUUUGUUGGCAGCUGCUGUGUAUUAUUUUUGAUGUGUAGACAGCCGUAAUUUGA